AGGGGCGAACAUAAAAACCCUAAUGCGUAGACACUGGAGCUGGCUCUCUGGGUUCUAAGAAACCUCUUCCAUCCCUCAUUUUCAUCCUUGCCGUCGCGGCAUCUAUUCUCAAUACCUAUAAAGAUGAAUGUCGAGAAGCUCAUGAAGAUGGCCGGUGCUGUCCGCACUGGUGGAAAGGGUAGCAUGAGACGAAAGAAGAAGGCUGUCCACAAGACAACUACCACUGAUGACAAAAGGCUACAGAGCACCCUCAAGAGAAUAGGAGUGAAUGCUAUUCCUGCAAUUGAGGAAGUCAACAUAUUCAAGGAUGAAGUUGUUAUCCAGUUUAUUAACCCAAAAGUUCAAGCUUCUAUUGCUGCCAACACCUGGGUUGUUAGCGGUUCCCCACAGACAAAGAAAUUGCAGGAUAUUCUCCCGGGAAUUAUCAACCAAUUGGGGCCAGAUAACUUGGACAACUUGAGGAAGUUGGCAGAGCAAUUCCAGAAGCAAGUACCUACUACUGGUGAUGGUGCGACGGCCACUCAAGAAGAGGAUGAUGAUGAUGUACCACAACUUGUGGGUGAUGAGACCUUUGAAGCUGCAGCAGAAGAAGGCCAAGUUGCUAAAUAGUGUUUCUAGACAGAUUUUUGUUGUGAUAUUUCAUAUGUUUUGGAAGAAUUACUGUGGUUUCUUUUUGCCAAUUUACUCUUUUGUGACCCGCUGGAUGGUGUUACUUUAAUGUUUUGGUGCAGAGCGAGUCUUCUAUUUCCUAGAAUUAAUGUUAUCGCUGCCCUAUAUGGUCUUAGAACGCUUUGCAUGUGCAGAAGCUGUGACAAAUGGGCUGGUAUGCGUGGAUCUGAAAUGGAUUAGGUUAUAAUCAACCCCGUUUGCCCAUUUGUA